AGCCGGCGGCGGGAAGGGGGUGGAGGGGGGGGCCGGCCUCUGGGUGUGAUUGGCUUCGCAGCCAGGGCCCCGCGCCCCGCUAUUGGCCCCUGGCCGGGUCCGCCCCCCCUCCCGGAGACUGGGCGCCAGAGCCGCGCUCGUCCGCGGGGAGCGGAGCGCGCCGCCGCCGGGGCCAGCUAGCAGCGCAGUCGGGGUGCGCGACCGGAGCCGGAGGCCACACGGAGCGGAGCGCGCGCUAUGAUGUCGACCUACAAGCGGGCCACGCUGGAUGAAGAGGACCUGGUGGACUCGCUCUCCGAGGGCGACGGGUACCCGAACGGCCUGCAGGUGAACUUCCACAGCCCCCGGAGUGGCCAGAGAUGCUGGGCCACGCUGACCCAGGUGGAGAAGCGGCUGGUGGUGCUGGUGGCACUUCUAACAGCAGGACUGGUGGCCUGUGUGGCAGUGCUGGGUGUCCAGUACCGGACAAGAGCCCCCUCUGUGUGCCUCAGCCAGGCCUGCGUCUCAGUGACCAGCUCCAUCCUGAGCUCUAUGGACCCCACGGUGGACCCCUGCCAGGACUUCUUCACCUACGCCUGCGGCGGCUGGAUCAAAGCCAACCCCGUGCCUGAUGGCCACUCGCGCUGGGGGACGUUCAGCAACCUCUGGGAACACAACCAAGCCAUCAUCAAACACCUCCUGGAAAACUCCACAGCCAGCGUGAGCGAAGCAGAAAAGAAGGCCCAGGUGUACUACCGUGCCUGUAUGAACGAGACCAGGAUCGAGGAGCUCAAGGCCAAGCCACUGAUGGAGCUGAUCGAGAGGCUCGGGGGCUGGAACAUCACAGGGCCCUGGAACAAGGACAAUUUCCAAGACAUCCUUCAGGUGGUCACCUCCCACUACCGCACCUCCCCCUUCUUCUCCGUUUAUGUCAGCGCCGAUUCCAAGAGCUCCAACAGCAAUGUGAUCCAGGUGGACCAGUCCGGCCUGGGCUUACCCUCCAGGGACUUCUACCUGAACAAAACCGAAAACGAGAAGGUGCUGACGGGGUACCUGAACUACAUGGUCCAGCUGGGGAAGCUGCUGGGCGGAGGGGGCGAGGACGCCGUGCGGCCCCAGAUGCAGCAGAUCCUGGACUUCGAGAUGGCACUGGCCAACAUCACCAUCCCCCAGGAGAAGCGCCGGGACGAGGAGCUCAUCUACCACAAGAUGACAGCAGCCGAGCUGCAGACCCUGGCGCCCGCCAUCAACUGGCUGCCCUUCCUCAACACCAUCUUCUACCCCGUGGAGAUCAAUGAGUCCGAGCCCAUCGUCGUCUACGACAAGGAGUACCUCAGCCAGGUCUCCACGCUCAUCAACAACACCGACAAGUGCCUGCUGAACAACUACAUGAUCUGGAACCUGGUGCGGAAGACAAGCACCUUCCUGGAUCAGCGCUUUCAGGAUGCCGACGAGAAGUUCAUGGAAGUCAUGUAUGGGACCAAGAAGACCUGUCUUCCCCGCUGGAAGUUCUGCGUGAGCGACACGGAAAACAACCUGGGCUUCGCCCUGGGCCCCAUGUUCGUCAAAGAGACCUUCGCCGAGGACAGCAAGAGCAUAGCCAGCGAGAUAAUCCUGGAGAUCAAGAAGGCGUUUGAGGAAAGCCUGAGCACCCUGAAGUGGAUGGACGAAGACACGCGGAAGUCAGCCAAGGAGAAGGCAGACGCAAUCUACAACAUGAUAGGCUACCCCAACUUCAUCAUGGACCCCAAGGAGCUCGACAAAGUGUUCAACGACUACACGGCGGUCCCGGACCUCUACUUCGAGAACGCCAUGCGCUUUUUCAACUUCUCCUGGAGGGUCACGGCCGACCAGCUCCGGAAAGCUCCCAACAGAGACCAGUGGAGCAUGACCCCCCCCAUGGUGAAUGCGUACUACUCGCCCACCAAGAACGAGAUUGUGUUUCCGGCCGGAAUCCUGCAGGCCCCGUUCUACACCCGCUCUUCACCCAAGGCCUUAAAUUUUGGUGGCAUCGGUGUCGUCGUGGGGCAUGAGCUGACUCACGCUUUUGAUGACCAAGGGCGGGAGUAUGACAAGGAUGGGAACCUGCGGCCCUGGUGGAAGAACUCGUCCGUCGAGGCUUUCAAGCGGCAGACGGAGUGCAUGGUGGAGCAGUACGGCAACUACAGCGUGAACGGGGAGCCGGUGAACGGCCGGCACACCCUCGGGGAGAACAUCGCCGAUAACGGCGGCCUCAAGGCGGCCUAUCGGGCCUACCAGAACUGGGUGAAGAAGAACGGGGCCGAGCAGACGCUGCCCGCCCUGGGUCUCACCAACAACCAGCUCUUCUUCCUGGGGUUUGCACAGGUCUGGUGCUCCGUCCGCACGCCCGAGAGCACCCACGAAGGCCUCAUCACGGACCCCCACAGCCCCUCCCGCUUCCGGGUCAUCGGCUCCGUCUCCAACUCCAAGGAGUUCUCGGAACACUUCCACUGCCCGCCUGGCUCACCCAUGAACCCCCGUCACAAGUGUGAAGUCUGGUGAGGGCCGAGGCCCCAGGAGCCGAGACGGAGGAGGGGGAGGGGCUGAGGAUGAGCCCUCGGGUGGAGUCAACAAGGCUGCCCCCUCCGACCAGUGCCCGGGGUGCCACCCAGCCCCCUUGGCCACCCAGGGCCCCCCUACCCCGCACUGGAGGGUUUUCAGCCGGGAACGGAGCCUGUCACGUGGGUUCUCAGCAUAACCUGAGGUUUGAUCCCCUGGGGAAACCCUGUCAUCCCAGGCACGCGCAUGUCGACUCUAAAGGGCAUUUGGGUGUCCGGCUGCCGGCUCACCAGGCCUAGGCCCCACGCUGACAAGGGCCGUGGACAAGCCCCACGCCCACAUCCAGUGCCAGAUACACCACAAGUACCACUGUGUCGAAUACUCUAAAUAUAUAUAUAUAUUUUUCGGGGAACUAUUUUUUAAACAUGGUGGAAUACACUGGAAACCUUCAGGGAAAUAAUGCAUUUAAAACACUUCUUUUUUUUUAAGGAAAGGAUUGGUAUAUUUAUUAUGUUCUGUUUUUCUAAAUAACCUGUGGACAAGGGAAGCCCCACUGAGUUACCCCCCCCUUCCUCACUCGCCGCAAGGUUGAGCCGAGGCAGCGAUGCCCGCUGACCGGGUCCCCAAAUAGAGAGCCGCCUCCGCCCUUGGAAUACACCGUGUCGGCCUCCAUCGCCUGGGGAGGAGAGGGAAGGCGUGGAGGCUGGGCGGAGGAGGGGCCCGCUCUGGGAGACCAGCUCAUUGGCACCGCCCCUCUCGGCAUCCCCGCCUCUGUCCCCAGAGUCCAGCACUGGGAGCCCCAGCAAGGAAGGUCUGAUCUUCAAAGUGGCAGAAGGGGACGGAUGGCUGUAGCAGCCUGAGGCCAGGUCAGGGUCCUCACACCCGGUCUGGGGUGCCCCAGCCCCCCCAGAUCUGGACCACAGAGCCCUGUGAGGCUGAAACCUCCCCAUCAGAUGUACUCGCCUGUACUCUUUGUGUUCCUCCUCUUCUGGCCACCCCACACCUGUCCUGGGGGGCUGUUCCUUCUCUGCAGCACCCCACCCCCAGCCUGGGCCUGGCUCCCGGACCGCAGCCAUCCCCCCUCUGUUCUCUAGUGCCUUACCUGAGGCUGCGCACCACCCCAAGGAGGUGGCCCCUCACCCCCAGCGGCCCUUUGCCUCCUCAGUGAAGCCCCCAAGUGCCCUGACUGGAACAUCGGGCCACACCCCUACUCCCAGCGCCCACAGAGCGGCCUCUCUUGCAGCGCAGGAGCCCAGCCUGCCCACCGGAGGCACCAAGGCCAGGGGUCUGAGGGACCCCUGAAUGUGCCCCAAGCUCCCUCCCACCCUCAGCCCCUGGGGUUGAAUCAACACAGUGCGUGCAGCCAGAUGGGCUCCUCUCCCUGGGAAGCACCUUCAGCCCUGGCUGGCUGUGAGGGAGGCACUCCCCUGAGCCAGUCAGCCCGGCCUGUGGUGUCCAGGACCAGGAACGUCAUCCCCUCCUUGAGGCCACAGUUCAGAAGGUCCCCCAGGAGGAGCUAACUGGAGCCCCACUCCGGCUCUCUGGGCAAGCAGCCACCUGGGGCUGAGGCGGGGGCAGCAGGUGCCGCCACAGUUCUCCUGUCUCGGCAGCCCAGGCUGCCUGGCCAGCCCGCUCCCACAGACAGGCGCCUGCGUUGCCCAAGAGAAGCAACGGCUCAGCCACUGCCUCGCCCACCUUCAGAUCAGCCCCAGAGCGGGGGUGGCAGCGUGGGGAGUGGGCUCCCUGGUCUGAACAAGCAGCAGGCCCGGGAGCUCCUCGCAGGAGAGGUAGGGCAGGACCCAGACCGGGAGCCAGAGUCAGGAGCCCGCCACCGGCACCUUGCCCCAAAGAGGAGGCUUCCCCAGUGCUGGCACCUUCCCUGCCCUCCCGCCUCCCCCGUGGGUCACAGUCCUUGAGAGUGUCUGGCGGUGCCGUGGACCGGGGCCCCCAGCCAGUGUGCUAGGGCCGAGGGUCCAGCCACAGGGCAGGUGGCUUGCACUCCCUGCUUCCUGGUGUGCUGCAGGGGGCACAGCACGAGCAGGAGGACCUAGUCCACGGGGUCAGGGAGACCCCUCCCCGUAGUCCCAGGGAGCCAUUAGGCUGGCUUCUCUGCGGGUACCUGGACGUGGGGUUUAGAGCUGGGAAUCUAUUUUUUGUAUUACUAUGUUUUGUGCUACUGUAGUUUUGGUGUGGCACUAUUGUAAUUGAAAUAAAGUACUUGUACCUAG